AAAUGCUCCCGAAGAUGGACUCACUUCCGAAAACAAAAUCCUACCUAGCUAAUUCAAAAUUGUAUAACAUGUAAUGCUUUAUUCGAUUAGGACAAUUUAUGCGUUAUGACUCAAGGGUUUUCAUCCACCAUCUAGAUGUCUCUUGGAAAUAUCUACUCUGCAACAUCUCCCACUGUAACAAAUGGAAAAUUGCUGGAGUGUUCAAAAGUGGAGAUAAAUCGAGCCUCUGCAACAGGAUCUAUGCUGCCAGUGAGAAUUAAUGGAGGUUCAAGCAUAAGAGACAGACCGACACUUAUUAAAAAGCUGGGUACCAGCAGCACUGCCUUUAUUGGACCUGUAUGUCGUCCUCCUAAGGCAGUCCAGAGACCUCUGAAACCCAAAACAGUAAUGAGACGUCCCAAACAUAACAUUGAAGAGACACUGAAUGAAUUCUACAAAGAGCUUGAGGAGAUUGAGCCCAAAUACUGCAUUGAAGGCAGUGAACUGAAAGACAGUGUUGAUGGAAACAUUGCUGUAAACACUCACAACCCACCAACAGCGAGAGAUGGGUUCAAUGCAAGUCAUGACUGGAAUAAACCUAACCACAUGCCUCGCCCACACUGGUAUGACAAGCAAUCGUAUCAUCCCUGGAGACCAAUCCCCACAGGGCCUAACUAUGGUCCAGACUCAUAUGGACCAUAUUUCCAACCCUGUGAAAAUCACUGGCAACCUCCCCCACCUUUCCACAGUCAGCCAUACCACAUGUUCCUCAGACCUCCUCACUGCCUUCCACCACCACCUCCAAUCCCUAGACUCCCACCACCUGCAGACCAUCAGUAUCAUCCCAAUCCAGAUUGUUCCCAGCAAGUCCCACCUUCCCAGAGAUUCCCUGUCCCUGAUGUGUACACAAAGUCUCUCGACAUGGGUGAUCAUGGCUUUCCAAUACACAACUCUAACCAAGAUGGGGGGAGUUACGGUUGGUGUGAAGACUGGAAUGAUCAGCAGGGUUAUCACCAUAAAGUUUCUUCUGAAUGGCAGCAGAGGUUUAACAGAGGACCUGAGCCACCUCAGCAAGAGAAUAAACACCAGCAACCUAAAGAUACAACCUAUAACUAUGAUUCUUCUCUGGUUCUCAUUCUGAUGAGGGGAGCACCAGGAUCUGGGAAAUCAACACGGGCCAGGGAGUUGCUGUCAACAGGUUCCAGUGGUCUUGUUCUUAGUACAGAUGAUUACUUCUCCCAGGACAAUGGCUACCUCUAUGACCCCAGUUUGCUGGGGAAAGCACACCAUUGGAACCAAAUCAGGGCCAAGGAAGCGAUGUACAAAUGCUGUUCUCCAGUCAUAAUUGAUAACACGAAUCUGCAAGCUUGGGAAAUGAAGCCAUAUGUUAAACUGGCUAUGGAAACCGGAUACAGUAUUCAUUUUCAUGAGCCUCACACUAGCUGGAAAUUUGAUCCCAUGGAAUUAGAGAAGAGAAACAAGCAUGGUGUGCCCAGGAAGAAGAUAGGACAAAUGCUGGAGCGGUUUGAGCUACCCAUGUCCCUGGAUAUUGUGAUGAACUCUCAGGAGCCUGUUAGACCCACAAGACAUUCCUUAUAGUAGCAGACAAACAGAAGGACCAACCAGACUACCACAAGUUCUUGCAUUGUGUUUGUAUUUAUUUGUACAUUGCAUAUUACCAUACCGAACUUUCUGCAAUGAAGCAAAAUGCUUUAAAAACUUGUUGCCUUGGAAAAACAUCUAGACCAAAAUCAAUUACUCUUAAGCAGUGGUGUAAUACAUUUUUUAUUUUUAAAUGAAACACUAUCAGCAUUUUACAGAAUUAAAACUUUGUUUUUACUGGAAGAAUUUUAAAUAAAUAUUUUCUUAUGGAUGUCAUCUGUGUAGAUUGAGUUGUAAAUUCUUGUCACUAAACUUUUAAAAUUGG